CGUGCAGCGUGCCCUGAAUACCUACAGCUUAACUCUCUCUCUCUCUCUCUCUCUCUCUCUCUCCUCUCUCUUCAAGCCCUAAAUCUCACCGAUUUCACAAACGAUUUCGACAAAUCGUAUGCCCUACCUGUUGUGCCACAGGUCAAGAGUUCCGAUUCGAAACUGUUAGCCUUUCCGAUGAGGAGCUCUCCGCGUAGGGGUCUUGAAGUUUUCGAUUUCAAGGAAGAAGAUGAGCUCACGGAAUCUGUCGCCGGGAAGUAUAUGGACAAAUUCAAAAGCACUGGCAACGAUAACCAUUCUGGUUCGAAGCACGAGUUCCUCGAAUGUGAUGCCCAGGGAACCAACGAUGGAAAAAAAGAAAUUGGCAGUGUACCUUGUAUGGAUAUCGAUGCCGUUGAGCGUGAUCUUAACUGUGGUAAUGCUAUUUCGUAUGCCCCUUUGGGCAUAGCUGAAGAGAAGAAAACUAAUAUGAAAGAGCUUUGUGAUGCUGCAUCAUUAGCUGAAGGCUUGAAUCAUGAACAGCAUUCUGAGUUAAAAUUAGAUAAUCAGGAAUUUACAAAAUCUCUUCCCGGACAGGAGAAUAUAUGUUCAAUCCCUAGAGCACCUUCUUGUGGACAUAACCAGUCGAAUGGUGCUUGUUCACAUUCUCCAUCUGAUAAUGAACCUGUUGAUAUGAUUUCAGAUGCUGAUGAAAGCACGGAUCAAAGUUCUCCAUCAAGUCCUGAAAUUGCAAUGGAUGGUGUUUCACCAAGUAAUUAUGAAUCACAUCAUUGUGCUGGCGAUUUGGAAAUGGAUGAUAUGAAAUCAACCAUUGUUCUUUAUCCUGAUUAUGUUGUAUAUCGGGAUAGUUAUUGUACAGGACUUCAGUUAACCUUUUCCCACAAUUCCAUCAAAAUCACUGGCUCUACUGCAUGUGAAAACCAAAAAUCCUUCAACUUUCAAUGGGAAAUUGAUGAUGUGAUCCAUAUUGAGACUCAGUGGUAUCAAAGGGUCUCAACUGUGAUGAUUAAACUCAGAGUAAUUUCAAAGGAUGCAGGCCAAGAUGAUGAUGCAAGUGGUACUUCAGGUGUUGAGGAGUUGAAAAUUACGGCUGUUGAACCUAACUGGCCUGAGAAACAGGAAGAUAUAGCAUGCCUGAAUGCUCAAUACAUGACCAUGUGGAAUGUUGUAAACAGCAUUGUCAUGGGAACAGAUGGAGAUUCACCUGGACAGAGGCAUUAUUUCCCACGUUUUGAUGAGUCUUUUGAAGAUGUUAUCUAUCCAAAAGGCGAUUCAGAUGCUGUUUCAAUUAGUAAGAGAGAUGUUGAUUUAUUACAACCAGAGACAUUCAUCAAUGACACAAUCAUUGACUUCUACAUCAAGUAUUUGAAAAAUCAGAUUCCACCUGAGGAAAGGCAUAGGUUCCACUUCUUCAAUAGUUUUUUCUUUCGGAAGUUGGCUGAUCUAGACAAAGAUCCUUCUAGUGUUUCUGAUGGCAAGGCUGCUUUUCAACGGGUUCGCAAAUGGACGAGGAAAGUUGAUUUAUUUGGAAAGGAUUAUAUCUUUAUUCCUAUAAAUUUCAAUCUGCAUUGGAGUUUAAUAGUCAUAUGUCAUCCUGGUGAUGUUGCUAAAUUUAAAGAUGGAGACAUAGAUAAGUCAGUCAAAGUUCCUUGCAUAUUGCAUAUGGAUUCAAUAAAAGGAAGUCAUACGGGUCUCAAAAAUCUUGUUCAAAGUUAUUUGUGGGAAGAAUGGAAAGAGAGGCAAAAGGAGACAUCUGAUGAAGUGGCACUAAGGUUUCAAAACAUGCGAUUUGUUCCACUUGAGCUUCCACAACAGGAAAAUUCAUUUGACUGUGGUCUGUUUCUCCUCCACUAUCUGGAGCUCUUUCUGGCAGAAGCUCCUGCUCAUUUCAGUCCAUUCAAGAUAACCAAGCCCUCUAGCUUUCUUAACAUGAACUGGUUUCUGCCAUCUGAGGCUUCUCUCAAGCGUACUCUCAUCCAGAGGUUAAUUUUUGAGCUUGUUGAAAAUCAUUCUCGCAAGAUCUGUUCAGCAGCAUUUAGUGAUGAUGACCAAUCAUCUAAAUUUCCAGAAAGUAAUGGGAAUGAAAUUGGUGUAGAGUUUUUUUCGCAGAGAUGCAGUCCUGAUUUGACUCAUCAAGAGGACUUAACAUGUUCUGAAGCAAGCCGGGGUAUUGAAAUGACACUUUUAGCAGCAUCCUCCAUGAAGAAUUCUCAGAGUGCAAAUGAUUCUGGCUUGGUUCUCAGGGACCUUUUUGAGCCAGGUGCCACUGCAGGAGCACUGCUUGAACAGUAUCAAACUUUUGACCAAAAAUCUUCUUACUUCCAUCUCAAUGGAGCCAUGCCACCUGGAGAGGAAGAUGCAGAAACUGGUGAGCAUUUUGUGUUUUUGCCUCCAGGAGACUCCGGAUUUCAUCAAAUAACUGGAAUCCCAUCUCAAACAUGUGGCGUUCCUCAUUCGUCAAGUGGUUAUGGAGCUGAGACUUUCAAUGUUGGAAUCUCUCUGCAAGCAGAAAAUGGGGAUGUUGACUCAUCUUCUGAACCAUCAUUAUGUGCCUCUGAUGAUUCGGAAGAGGUUGGGAUCAUGGAGAAUUGUCCAGUUGAGGAAGACUUGGAUCCAAACCAAAAAGUAAAUACAGAUAAACAUAAAUCUCCACCAAUUGAGAAUGUUCAACCUCCUCGUCUUGUUUCUGCAUCUUGCGACUUGGAUGCUGUCAUUGUAGGAGAUUCUCAAGAUCAUGAUUUACUUAACGGUGGCAAUGAAAAUGGAGGUCCACUUCCUUCUUGCCAAGAAAUUGCUGAUAAAGAAGUGCAUCAAGAUUCAAAAGUGGCAGAAAACAGCAUGGUCUCGUGUAAUAAUAUGCAGCAGAUGAUUGAUGAUGGCCUGUUGCCAGAAUCUCAUGAAAGUCCACCUGCAAAGAGGGUACGGCUUACACCUCCUCCCCCUGAUGGUGAAAUACUCGCCAUCGGAAGCGUCACUGAAGAUUUCCAUUUGUAGUAGUAAAGGCAGGGAAAUAAUUUUUUUUCCCAUUUGUUCUUUUUAGGAAACAAAGGACAAGACAACAAUGUGUUACAAAUAUGUAAAUGGGUAUGCACGAGGUAUUGAAUUGACAAGCUGUUAAUAGUUCUAUAAAACAUAGAACUAUAGUGUGGAGUAUGUCAGUAUAUAGAUUGUAGAAUGUCGUUGCUAUAUAUUAUAUAUAUAUAUAUAUAUAUUUAGUUA